UAAAAUUGACCGGACUGUCAGUGGACCAUCCCGACCGUUUUGCCCUAUUGCCCUCUUUACCGAAGAACGCGCGAAUGACGUAAUCAUGACGAAAGUGUGUGCAGUAAACAACCCUCUUGACAGGACGUUCCUUUAUAUCUUGCGGAGAGUAUUUCUGCGCUUGUACACACUGUAGACGAUGGAAUCUACCCCAAGCAACUUGCUUAGAACGCCACGUGUGGUUUGUCGCAUGGAUGGGCGUGACAUAUUUAUUGAGGUCGAGGAGGCCAGCGGUCGGGGUACGCUUUGGAGUUCGGGGCGGGACCUCGUCAUUGAGCUGGGGACGAUGUUGCCCUUGGACCAUGGUAGGGUAGAAAGGGCGGUGGAAGGCCAAGUAAGUUUGGCCAGGAGGAGAGGGCGCCUAGGGUUUGUAUCCGAGGUCAGGAAGUACGGCCAUCAAAUUCUUAGUGAUUCGUUCAUUAAGAGGGUGUUGGCCGGUCCUGAAAAACAACGGAGGACCCCUGGGGCUUCACUGAGCGGGAGGCCCCGGGGUACUGUAGAGUUGUCCAGAUCGAGACCAAAGCCGGCUCCGAUCCUGACAGCGCUGGACUUCCCUGCGUUGCCAGCACAGUUGGGAUCGGAGGGGGUCAAGGUUGAACCUGGGGUAGAGUCACUCGUGCCCAAUCCUUCCUCGCUGGACACACUUGUGUUGCCAGUAGGGUCGGAGUGUGGGAGGGUGAAGGUCGAACCUGAGGAGGAGGCAUUUGUCUCCGAUUCGACAUCGCUGGUUGUCCCUGAGUCGCCAGUGAGGUUGGUGGAGGUCAAGGCCGAGCCUGAAGGGGAGGCCUUCAUGGCCUCGCAGCCAUCAGCACUGGACUUCCUUGUGUCGCCAGUGAGGUUGGUGGAGGCUGCGUGCAAGGUUGGCCCCGAAGAAGGGGUCAUCAUCAUCUCUGAUGAGGAAGACAUGGAGGUUGAUGCUCCUUUGGCGGCUAACCUUGACCAGGAAAUUGUGGGGGAACCCGGUUUUGCACGGCCUAUAGAUGAAAUGGCAGAGCCCGCAGGGGCAAUGUCACUUCAAGGUAGGAUGAUAAGAGGUAUGGACCGGUGUGAGAGACGGUCCAGGCCUCUUGAUAGAGGGGCAGAGUUUAAUGGAGGGGUUGGGACCAGGGAUAGAUCCCGGUCCCAGCAGGAUGAUGUGGGUUUUAAGAGGAAAAAGACCCAGGGUUGUCCCGUGUGUGGAUUAAGGGCAAGAUCGAUAAGACACCAUGUUGAGGCCCGGCAUUUUCCGCCUGUGUUUCGUCGGGAGGCAUGGGAGAAUCCGGAAAAGGACCAUGUGCGGUUUAGAGGGGUAAUAUGCGUCAUCAAUAGUCUGGGUCUCCAGAGCUUUGAUGAGGCUAUGCUUUUCGUGGGCCGCCAGAGGUUAUCAAUUUCGGAGCAGUCCUGCCUGAACGACAAGGACCAGGUCUGGUUAGAAAGGGUCUCUCGCAGGUUUAUGUUUUACAUUCCCCCUAUAUUCCACGUUGCACGGGUAAACUCGCGAGCGCUCCUCUUCCACUGGAGAGUGUUGGCCGCGUUGCUGAAGCUAUGCAGCCAAGAGGUAAGAGACGAUUUCUUUGCCCAAAGGUUUGUCAGGCGGCGCGGCGUGGUCCAGGUGACUGGGUCGACUCAGGCAACUGAGUUGAUGCAGAGAUCCGGACCAGAUUGUUGUGUGGCGGCCCAGGCUACUGGGUCGACUCAGGCAACUGAGUUGGUGCAGGGAGCUGGAUCAGAUCGGAGUGUGGUCAUGGAGGCUCAGGCGACUGUGUCGAGUCCAGAGAUGGAUUUGAUUCAGAGACCCGAGCCAGUCACUUGUGUAGAAAAAGGGGCCCAGGUGAUGGCGUUGGCUCAAGUGGCAGAGUCGGUCCCAGAGCCCGGGUCUCUAGGGAAUGAGUGUGAAUUGGGUGAUGACUUUGAAAUUGCACCUGUGGUUCAAGAGUGGAUUUCGGUUAGGAAUGCUGAACUCACCGCGUUCGACAGCCACUUUCACUUGGACCGCAGUUGUAAGACGACCAAGGUUGGUUCUAUUGAGGCGUUGGUGGGGCAUACCGUGGGGCCAAUGCCUGAGGUACCAGUGCGGGUAAAUGGGGGAGUUGCAGUUUUCUGCGAUCCACCCAACUACCCAAGGGAAUAUCCCAGUGUCACUGGUUUCGGGUCGGCUGUCGGGGUACAUCCUAAGGCGCCUCUAAGGGACGUUAAAGGGGUGGUAGGACAGGUGGAGAGAGAGUUGAGGAAGGAUGGGGUGGUAGCGCUUGGAGAGAUCGGUUUAGACAGAACCGUGCCUGAAAGAGAGUGGGGUAGGCAGGAGGAGAUGUUUGUAGGGCUGUUGGAGCUGGCUUGCCCUAGGCGACCAGUUAUUUUGCAUAUUCGGGGGCAGGACACGUACUCUUGUGAGGCUAGUGCCCUUGCCCUCCGACUCAUGCAGAAGAACGUUAGUCCGACUCAGCGGAUACACCUCCACUGCUUCACGGGAACUCUCGAUCAGGUUCUGAGUUGGUCCGCUGCAUUUCCCCGUUGCUACUUUAGCAUCUCAGGUCUGGCUGCGCGUUUUGAUGAGGUGCAAAAGUCAGCUGUGCGAGGGAUUCCGGCCGACCGACUCCUAGUUGAGACCGAUUCUCCUUACUUGCGAGUCCGAAGUAAGAAAGACAAUACUCCGGCGUACGUGGGUGAAGUUGCAAAUACGGUGGCCCAGAUCCGAAAGGAGACCCUCAGGGAGAUAUUGCGCACUACUGCUGAGAACGGCAGGCGUCUUUAUAACCUGUAGGGGUCGGAUACUGGAAAUAGUCUGUUGGCGAGUUGGGGAUCGAACCAUAUGAGGGUGACGCGGUUGCGCGCGCCCUUUAACUAGUGAUUGAGGCGGUCGGAUGUCUGUUAAACACUGGCCAAGGGGCGUCGAUAAUAGAAUGUGUCAGGAUUCAGUGAUGUGGUCUAUGCUUAAGGAAACGGUUGGUCAAAUUAUCAAAUGAGUGCUCUGGGUUUAAAAAUAAAUAAAUAAAAUACAAAGGUCACAUGGUGAUAAAUAAAUAAAAUACAAAGGUCACAUGGUGAGUGGGUAAUGCAAAGGAAAAAACUAGCCAGGAAUGUUUCUGUAAGUAUGAGAUCAUAUUGUGUGGUCUUGGAAACGUGGUAUAGGGGUGUGGCAGACUGUCUUGGUGGGGUGAAGAGGAGGGCUAUAAAAUGGGGAGGAAUAUGGUAAAAUUGACCGGACUGUCAGUGGACCAUCCCGACCGUUUUGCCCUAUUGCCCUCUUUACCGAAGAACGCGCGAAUGACGUAAUCAUGACGAAAGUGUGUGCAGUAAACAACCCUCUUGACAGGACGUUCCUUUAUAUCUUGCGGAGAGUAUUUCUGCGCUUGUACACACUGUAGACGAUGGAAUCUACCCCAAGCAACUUGCUUAGGUAAGUUCUAUAGUGUUUUAUAGCAUAAGUACUAUAGUGCUUAGACAUGGGCAUCUUAAU